AUGCAACAACAAAAAUAUCAACCUUUAAUGAUGCCUACAUAUUUUCCAGACUUUCAACAACUACAAACUUUUUUCAAUCCUCUAAAAAAUAAUAAUACACCACCAAUUUUAAAUCAACUAAACUUUAAAGAUAAUGUAGCUUUAAAUAAUAAUGAAAACAAUAAUAAUGAGUGGAUGAUUGAAAGUUUUACUUUUCAAGAAGAAAAGAAUAGAGUUGAAGCCAUAUUAGCUGCAUUUAAAUUUAUUGAAGAAUCGCUACUAGAUGAUGUUUCUUUAAAGAAAGAUGAUAAAGAUAAGGUUCAAACUCUAAAGAAGGAGCUUCAAAAAAUGGGGGAGACUUCAGAGGAGAAGGAUAUCACAGCACAAAUUGAAGAAUUAAAAAUAAACCACAAAAAUGAUAUUGAAAAUUUGGGAAAAGAAUUUGAUAGAAGAAUGAAGAUUAAAUGUUCAAAUUGGGAAUAUAAAUAUGCAAUGUUGCUUCGACAAACUAAUUUAAUAAAUAAAACUGAAAGUGAAAAAAUUAAAGAAAAAUGUACUGAAUUAUUGGCAUAUUUUCGUUUGAACAGUACUAAUUCGAAUGAAGAAGCAAAAUCAAAGGAAUGUGUUUUGGCUAAAGAAAUUUGUGAUUCUAUUGAUAAAGUUAAUAAUUGGUUUGGAAAUAAACUUCAAUUAGAACUUGUAAACGAAGAAAAUAUAAAGUUGGUUGAAAAAAUAAAAUAUUAA